AGCGUACGUGACGUCACUCGGCGGGUGACGUCACGCGCAUGGCGGAGGAACAGGUGCAGCAUUUGCAGUAAAACCCGACCGAGAUCUGCGAGCUAGCGCAGCUUUCCGACGGCCUUUGGAUACGUUUUUUUUUUCUGCACCAUCGUUGAUCUGUUUUCCCCCCCGUGAGAGAGACUGGAGGUCCGUCGUCAUGUCUCUGAACCAGAACAACUCGGAGUCCGGGGGAGUCAUCAUCAACAACAGUGAGAGUGUGUUGAUGAACCAUGAUAACGUGGAGCUUAUCUUCUGCGAUGCGGACAGUCUGCCUGAAGCCUUCAGAAAGAGCAAGAAGGGAAGCAUCUAUCUUACGCCAUACAGGGUGAUCUUCCUGGCUAAAGGGCGGGAUGGGCUGCUGUCUUUUAUGAUGCCCUUCUACCUGAUGAAGGGCUGUGAGAUCAAACAGCCUGUCCUGGGGGCUAAUUACAUCAAAGGCACCGUCGGUGCGGAGCCUGGAGGUGGUUGGGAAGGCAGCGCUACAUUCAAGCUGAUUUUUGCCUCUGGAGGAGCCAUUGAGUUUGGGCAAUACAUGCUGCAGGUCGCAGCUCAGGCAGCCAGAGGGCAACCUGUGACUACUGGCUUCGGUGGAUGUCCUUUCAUGGCUAACGGGGCCUUCGGCUACCCUCCUCCCCCCGCCAAUGGCAUGUACCCGGCGGGACCUCCGCCCGGCUACUCCUACGCCACCGCUCCUCCUCCAGACGGAUUCUACACCAGUCCUCCGGCGUUUGAUGCCUCUGUGGGCUACGUGCCACCCCCCCCUUACUCUGCUCCCCUGGGCCAGCAGCCGCCGCGGGACCCAGACCUGCCGUCCUCAGCAGCAGCGGAGGCCAAAGCAGCCGAGGCAGCGGCGAGCGCCAGCCCUGCCACUCUGCCUCCGACGCACGUGUACCUGCCACAGGACAAGCCUCCUCCCUACUCCCCUCCAGAAGACAAGAAGAACCAGUAGACCUGUUUGCAGUCACUUCUCUCAUUCCAUUACCUGGACAUCAGGAGGACCGAAGUCCCUUUUUCUUUCUUCUCCCUCUCCCCCUCCUCUAACUCUCGACCUUGUGUUCCUAGUCAGCUUCCAACUCAUCCUUGUUAUUUCAAUUAUUUUAUUUUGUCGCUUUCAUGGCUCGGUUUGUUCGCCUUUUCCAUUCCUUUUAAUGACUCCUGUAAUUAAAUCAGCUUUAUCCUCUUCAGAAGCACCUUUAUUUGAUUGGAAGUAGAAGUGUUGAUAGCUGUGUUUUGACGAGCCAAAGUGGUCAGGGUUUAUGGCUUUUUGGACAAAUCUGACGGCUACUUUAGUAUUUAAUGCCUUUCGAGUGUCCCAUGAAUCAACUGCAACCUUAAACUGUAGAUUCAGCAAGAGUUUGCUGUAAAGUUCACUUAUAAUUUUCUACGACCGUCUGUUAAAUGAGACUCGAUCUAAUCAUGUUGAUUACUUUGCUGAUCUGUCCAUAGGCGAGCUGAAUGCAGUCGGUUAUUUUUCUAUUAUUUGUGUGUACAUGCUUUUAAUAUGUAGACUUUUAAAAAGGAGAUAUUUUCUCAAGAACACUAACCUGGAGGAAAAGAAAAAAAAACAAGCUUUUGUAGGGAGAGGGGCGCGGUGUGCUUGGACAUGUUUUAGUGGAUGAGGAGAAGAAACGCCGGAGCGGCGCAGAGCUCCAGCAGCGAAUCCCUGAUCCUGGAUUAGAGGGGGCGGGGCCAAGGCCAGCGGCGCCAGCAGGGACCAACCGCCAGGAGGGAUUACCUUUACAAUGUGCAGAGCAGUCACACCAUGAUGUCACUUCCUGUUAUCUCAUCCUCAUGAAGGUUCACUGAUCAGAUUUACUACCAGCCGAACAUCACGACCAUUCCACAUAAAACAAAGUAAUUCAAGGGUCCUGGUCUUUGUGCUUGUGGUCUGAACCCCCCAGUUUGUGGUCCGUGUCUUAACUCGGUCUGGCGCGAGUCCUGCGCUUCCUCCUGUGAUCACUGACCUCUAACCGCAUCUGUGGCACAUCCAUGGCCGAUUCUUUGCACUUUCUGAAUGCUAUGCAUUGGGCCCCCGUUUGCUGUGUCAUGGCUGCGUGUAUAAUAAAAUAAAAGCUCUGUAUUUAUUUCAAACUUAUUUAUUGAAUGACUCAUGUAAAAUGGCUCAAAUAAGGAAACGAAGCAUGAUCUCAGCUGAUGCAUGUGUGCGUUGGAUUGGAUUUUAAUAAACGGUUCUUGACUCGUGGACUGGAGUCGUCUUUAUUUCAACACCCAGGACUGACACAAACGUACCCCAGUCAGCUGAGGGGGGGGUUUAUGUCACAUGUAGUCCUCGUCUGCUCGUUCAGACUCUCGUGCAAAUCCACAGCAGUUUCCCAAACACGCAUGUGUGAUGUCCUGAGCCUCAAGUACCGAAGUCCAACAUGUCAGAGGUCACGACUAUGCUAAGUGCUCAAAAUCC